AUGAACUCUAGCGUGUUGGAAAGGCUAGACUAUCUCAACCAGUCAUCGCACUUCCUGGUUAGCGAUAGCACACCGCUGGCGUCUCUGGUGAAUACCCCCUACAGAAUUUACAAGGCCUUCUAUGAUGCGGUGGUUACGCAGUACCUUGCGUCACUCAACAACCCGGAGACCCUGCCAUUCAACAGCGAGACUUUCAUGAGCUCGGUGGGGUACUUCUUCAGCAGCUACGCGGUGGGGUGCUUCUUCAUCGCGGUGAUUCUGAGUCGGCUGUCGGCAAUGGCGGGUCUGCGGUCGAACACGGUGCGGACGAGCAUUCCGAACUGGUCGCGCGUAACGCUGCACGCGGUGGCGAUUGCAGCGCUCGUGUACGGGUUGUGCGGGGUGGCGAUACAGUACCAGGUGGGGUGGCUCCGGCGCUGGCCGACGCUGGAGGUGGGGGCGUUCUUGUCACGGACGUACGUUGUGUUCACGCUUUCGCACUGCAUCGAGACUUUUCUGUCGAUCACGACCAAUGGGAAGCCUCUAGAGGAAUCUGACUACACGAUCUUCGAGCUCUCUGCGCAGUUCUAUGGGAUGACUAAGGGGGGUGCGACCGCGCACGAGUAUGGCCCGGACUGCAUCAUGGCUCUCAGCGGGCGGCUCAUCAUUCACCUGGUCGAGCUCUUUCGGAAACGCCGUUGGCGCUUGGCGUGCUCUACGCUUCUCAAUACAGGGUUCAUCAGCUAUCUGCUGCUCGAGGUGCGCAGCAACGGACUUGGGUCCUUGUCGCUAUUUACCAAGUGCAAACACUUCCCCAAGUUCUUUUCUGUAUUCAUCAUUGGGAUCUCCAUGGCCUGCUAUCUUUUGGCCUGCCUGGUGCGUUUAAACCCCACGCGCGACGAGGGCACGUCUGCUGUUGAGGAUCUCCAGUUCCACUCCUUCGUCAGCAACUGGUUCAAGAACUUGAACCUUACUGGGGAAGAGGAGUUCAGUAUCACGGUUAUGCGGCUUGCCGUCCUGCUCUGCAACCCAUCACAGAACAAGGAACAUGGCCUACACCGCGAGCUUCCGCACUUGAAGGCGGCGGCCUCAUUGCACAAGAGCUAUAUGAUCAGUGGUUAUAUGAACAAACUAUCCAAGAUACCAGAAGCAGUGACGGGGUCCAGGGCCGAUCCGGCGCCAAAGCCUCGUUCAGUUGCUAUCAGAAGGGUGCUCUGGCUUGGCUCUAUGCUUAAAGGCAUCUUUAGCCGCAUCCGCGGCUCCCUCGCCCCGCCGAAGGCGGCCACUCCCGUGCGAAACACUCACCAGAAGAGCGCAAACUUUAACGACUAUAUUAACGAAAACAACUACACCCAUUUUAUGACAAUGGAGAACGACGAAACGUUUUCUCCUCUGCUACCGGAGGAGGAUGGCUCUGCAGAUUACGAGUCCGACAGCCCUGACGAAAAUGACGACGUCUGCGAUUCUGAUCUUGAUCUAGAAGAGCCGCAGGACAUCCUGCAAGAAGUUGUCUCGCCCCAGGCUAUGCUGGAACUUGCGCAUUCUUCGCCCCAGGAUCUCACAUGGUAUCUUUCCAUGUGGACCAUACUCAAUUGCGAGUCUGCGCCAGGGAAGCGCCUCACUAGAUCUCAGUACGCGCAUAUCAAUGAAAAUGGAAUCCUCAAAGAGGUGCUGCUACAGCGCAAUAUGGAAACCUGCACGUCCCCGAGCAAGCUUCAAGAUGAAGACGCAGAUAUGUCCUGCGUAGUUUGCAAAACUAAUCUACGCAAUAUAGUUCUGUGGCCCUGUCGCUGUUUUGCACUCUGCGAAGAGUGCCGUGUGUCCCUAGGAUUGCGUGGUUUCAAGGCCUGCGUCUGCUGUCGUGCUGACGUGCAUGGCUACAGUAGACUAAACGCUGUUUAG